AUGUUAAUUUAUCUUAGUCUAGGCGCUGUUUGUACAGUAUUUACUUGGAUUGUAAUUAUUCUAUAUCGUCAUACAGCAGUAGUUAAAGCUUCUGAUUUUAUGUUGUCACAAAUGUUUCUGCUUGGUAUUCUGAUGUGUAUGUCUACUGCAGUUUCUUUUGCUGCUCCAGUUUCAAUGCUUAAUUGCUCCGUCGGUUUUAUCUGGUUUUGUACAUCCGUCGUAUUUAUUGUGUCCAUCAUUUUUGUUAAAACUAAUCGAGUUUCUAGAGUAUUCGAGUCAGGUUUUGUGAAGUCCUUUAAGACAAGAGUAUAUCUUAGCUAUCAAGGACCCGCUAUAUUAGUCGUCUUUCUGACCGUAAUACAAAUAGCAAUCUGUUUUAUCGCCAAUUAUUUCGAUCCUAUUCAAGUUAAUCGACUUGUAAUAUCUGAAGAUAUAGUUUAUUUGCAAUGUCGAUCUAAUACUCGCAUUGGAUAUGCAAUCGCGGUUGGCUAUUUUUCUGUUCUUUGUAUUUGCUGUGUUUAUUGGGCAUUUAAAACACGUAAAUUACCAGAAAAUUUUUGUGAAGCAAAAUAUAUUAAUUUUACUUCUUUAAUCAUACUUAUGUCUUUGCUAACUAUGGUUCCGUCUUAUUUCGGAACAGCGGGGCCUAUUCAGGCAGCAAUAUCAUCAUUUGGUAUAAUCACGUUAGCCUUAGCUAUUUUGCUUUGUAUGUUUAGUCCAAAGUUGUAUAUAAUUUUACUCCAUCCAGAACAGAAUACUCGUGAAAAUGCUAUAGCGGAUAUAGCAAAUUAUUCCUUUAAUCAAGUUGGAACCCCAAUUACGAGUAGACAAAAAUUGGUACAUGUAGGACGUACAACGCCUGCUAUUUCCCCAAAUCCAUCCGAAGUUUUGGAAAUGACUCCGGAAAUAAGCAAAGAAAGAAUAAACUAA